CAGGGCCAUGCCCAAGCCGCCCCCUGGAGCCCCCUGAGCCUGCAUCCCUGCCACGACCCACUCAGACACCCCCCAGGGGCCCAGACACCAGCCCCCACCAUGGGCAGCAAGGAGCGUUUCCACUGGCAGAGCCACAAUGUGAAGCAGAGUGGCGUGGACGACAUGGUGCUGCUGCCCCAGAUCACCGAGGACGCCAUCGUGGGCAACCUCCGCAAGCGCUUCAUGGACGACUACAUCUUUACCUACAUCGGCUCCGUGCUCAUCUCCGUAAACCCCUUCAAGCAGAUGCCCUACUUCACUGACCGUGAGAUCGACCUCUACCAGGGCGCGGCCCAGUACGAGAAUCCCCCGCACAUCUAUGCCCUCACAGACAACAUGUACCGGAACAUGCUCAUUGACUGUGAGAACCAGUGCGUCAUCAUCAGUGGAGAGAGUGGAGCUGGGAAGACGGUGGCAGCUAAAUACAUCAUGGGCUACAUCUCCAAGGUGUCGGGCGGAGGCGAGAAGGUCCAGCAUGUGAAGGACAUCAUCCUGCAAUCAAACCCACUGCUGGAAGCCUUUGGCAAUGCCAAGACUGUGCGCAACAAUAAUUCCAGUCGCUUUGGCAAGUACUUUGAGAUCCAGUUCAGCCGCGGUGGGGAGCCAGAUGGGGGCAAGAUCUCCAACUUCUUGCUGGAGAAAUCCCGAGUGGUCAUGCAGAAUGAAAACGAGAGGAACUUCCACAUCUACUACCAGCUGCUGGAAGGGGCUUCUCAGGAGCAGCGGCAGAACCUGGGGCUCAUGACCCCCGACUACUAUUACUACCUCAACCAAGCAGACACCUACAAGGUCGACGGCACCGAUGACCGGAGCGACUUCAGUGAGACUCUGAGUGCCAUGCAGGUCAUCGGGAUCCCGCCCAAUGUCCAGCAGCUGGUCCUGCAGCUUGUGGCAGGGAUCUUGCACUUGGGAAACAUCAGCUUCCGCGAAGAUGGGAAUUAUGCCCGGGUGGAGAGUGCAGACCUCUUGGCCUUCCCUGCCUACCUCCUGGGCAUAGACAGCGGGCGGCUGCAGGAGAAGCUGACCAGCCGCAAGAUGGACAGUCGCUGGGGCGGGCGCAGCGAGUCCAUUGACGUGACCUUGAACGUGGAGCAGGCAGCCUACACUCGGGACGCCCUGGCCAAGGGGCUCUACUCCCGUCUCUUCAACUUCCUCGUAGAGGCCAUUAACCGUGCCAUGCAGAAGCCCCAGGAGGAGUACAGUAUCGGUGUGCUUGACAUCUAUGGCUUUGAGAUCUUCCAGAAAAACGGCUUUGAGCAGUUCUGCAUCAACUUCGUCAACGAGAAGCUACAGCAGAUCUUUAUCGAACUCACCCUAAAGGCUGAACAGGAGGAGUACGUACAGGAGGGCAUCCGCUGGACCCCCAUCCAGUACUUCAACAACAAAAUCGUCUGUGACCUCAUCGAAAACAAGCUGAACCCACCAGGCAUCAUGAGCGUCCUGGACGACGUGUGCGCCACCAUGCACGCCACGGGCGGCGGCGCCGACCAGACGCUGCUGCAGAAGCUGCAGGCGGCCGUGGGCACCCACGAGCACUUCAACAGCUGGAGUGCCGGCUUCGUCAUCCACCACUACGCGGGCAAGGUAUCCUAUGAUGUCAGCGGCUUCUGCGAGAGGAACCGUGAUGUCCUCUUCUCCGACCUCAUAGAGCUGAUGCAGACCAGUGAGCAGGCCUUCCUCCGGAUGCUCUUUCCCGAGAAGCUGGAUGUAGAAAAGAAGGGCCGCCCCAGCACAGCCGGCUCCAAGAUCAAGAAACAAGCCAAUGACCUGGUAUCCACGCUGAAGAGGUGCACACCCCACUACCUCCGCUGCAUCAAGCCCAACGAGACCAAGAGGCCCCGUGACUGGGAGGAGAACAGGGUCAAGCACCAGGUGGAGUAUCUGGGCCUAAAGGAGAACAUCAGGGUGCGCCGGGCAGGCUUCGCCUACCGCCGCCAGUUUGCCAAGUUCCUGCAGAGGUAUGCUAUUCUGACCCCCGAGACGUGGCCGCACUGGCGUGGGGACGAGCGUCAGGGGGUCCAGCACUUGCUGCGGGCGGUCAACAUGGAGCCAGACCAGUACCAGAUGGGGAGCACCAAGGUCUUCGUCAAGAACCCUGAGUCCCUCUUCCUUCUGGAGGAGAUGCGAGAGCGCAAGUUCGAUGGCUUUGCCCGCACCAUCCAGAAGGCCUGGCGGCGCCAUGUGGCAGUCCGGAAGUACGAGGAGAUGCGGGAGGAAGCUUCCAACAUCCUGCUGAACAAGAAGGAGCGGAGACGGAACAGCAUCAAUAGGAACUUCGUUGGGGACUACCUGGGGCUGGAGGAGCGGCCGGAGCUGCGUCAGUUCCUGGGCAAGAGGGAGCGAGUGGACUUUGCUGACUCGGUCAACAAGUACGACCGCCGCUUCAAGGCCAUCAAGAGGGACUUGAUCCUGACGCCCAAGUGUGUGUAUGUGAUCGGGCGGGAGAAGGUGAAGAAGGGACCUGAGAAGGGCCAGGUGCGUGAGGUCCUGAAGAAGAAGCUGGAGAUCCAGGCCUUACGGGGAGUUUCCCUCAGCACGAGGCAGGACGACUUCUUCAUCCUCCAAGAAGACACGGCCGACAGCUUCCUGGAGAGCGUCUUCAAGACCGAGUUCGUCAGCCUCCUGUGCAAGCGCUUCGAGGAGGCGGUGCGGAGGCCCCUGCCCCUCACCUUCAGCGACACGUACGACCCUCACCUCCUGCACCAUCCUCGGGCUGGGCACUGCUUCCUCCUCCGCCUCACGGACCGGCCAAAAUGCGCCCGUGCCUCGUCCCCUCCCACCCCAGCCCGGGUCCGGCAAGGAUGGGAUGGGGAGGUGACCCCCUCUUGGGGGGAGGUGGGGACCCCCACAGCUUCCUCCUCUCCUCACAGACUACAGUUCCGGGUGAAGAAGGAGGGCUGGGGCGGAGGUGGCACCCGCAGCGUCACUUUCUCCCGUGGCUCCGGCGACGUGGCGAUGCUCAAGGCUAGCGGCCGGACCCUCUCGGUCGGCGUGGGUGAUGGACUGCCCAAAAGCUCCAAGCCUACACGGAAGGGAAUGGCCCAGGGAAAACGUAGAAGGUCGGCCCAGGCCCCUACCCGGGCAGCUCCCGGGCCCCCUAGAGGCCUGGAUCACAAUGGGGUGCCUCCCUCUGCCAGAGGGGGCCCCCUACCCCUGGAGUUCACAUCCAGACGGGGCUCCCAGAAGCCACCACAGGGCCCUCCAUCCUCAGCCUUGGGGGCCAGCAGACGCCCACGGGCACGGCCGCCCUCGGAGCACAACACAGAAUUCCUCAAUGUGCCUGACCAGGGCAUGGCUGGCAUGCAGAGGAAGCGCAGCGUAGGGCAGAGACCUGUGCCCGGCGUGGGCCGACCUAAGCCCCAGCCACGGACACAUGGCCCAAGGUGCCGGGCACUGUACCAGUACGUGGGCCAAGAUGUGGACGAGCUGAGCUUCAACGUGAACGAGGUCAUCGAGAUCCUCAUGGAAGAUUCCUCAGGCUGGUGGAAAGGCCGGCUGCAUGGCCAGGAGGGCCUUUUCCCAGGAAACUACGUGGAGAAGAUCUGAGCGGAACAGGGGCCUGGGAUCCUGCCAUCCCACCUGCCUGCCUGGAUCCUGCCAGGAGCCAGGCCCUGCAAUGCGGGUCUCGUUUCCCUUGGCUGCAUUGGCCAGAAGGUCCAGUCCUGUGGCCUCCAGCCCAGCCUAGCCCAGGUCCUGGGUCGAGGGGUCACCACUUAAGCCACCCCCGGGCCCUGGCUUCCCCCAAGGCACACCUGUUUCCUCCUGUGUCAAACAGAGCUAACAGCAGAACCUACCUCCCAGCUGCCUUGUGAGUAGGAAGUGAGUUGUGUCCUGCAGGCAAAGUGCUGGGCACAGUCGGGGGGGCCUUGACAAGCUUGACUUCCCUCCUUCUCUCACCACUGAGGCAAUAAAUGUUUGCCGAGUGAAAACAUGA